GGUAGCACUGCUAAUUCUGUCAGGGUUUGCUGGUUUACCGUUGAAAGAGAGCGUUGGUAACCGGUUAGGUUCACUGUAGUCAUGUCAGGAUCGGCCCCGGAGGAGCCUCAGACCUCCAUCCCUCAGAGCACACCCAGUGUUGCCGAUCCCGCUCCGGUUGCUGUCGGACUUGGAGGCUCAAGGGACGUUUCCUUUGGUGAGCAAAACCUUAGCUUCACCGCGCCAGACGUCAGCCUGGUGGAGAUGAUGGAAACCGAGUACACCCAGCUGCAGCACAUGCUUUACCCACACGCCGAGGCGCAAGCCAGCGAAGGUGAAGCGCAAGCCAGGCUCAGAGCUUUCUCCUCCUCCUCGCCUGGUAACCCUGCAGCCCCCCCUCUGCAGCCCUCACCGCGCAGCAGGCAGGAAGGGGGUUUAGCAAGCAGCACUGGGAACCCAGGGUACCGGGUUAGCUGCCGGUCAGGGUUACCCGCUGACAGCAGCUCAAACCCACGGCUGGGCUAUGGUGACCUGCCGGAGCUCAGAAUGAUGCUACUUAGCGAGUCUAACCUCCCUUUGAGCCAUGCAGAUAAAAUGCCUCACAGUAGCUCGGUAGCAGUCCCGGGACAGAGCUUAGUAAAAGUUAAACACGGUGAGAAUGGUUUCGGGAGCAAUAAAGGAAACAUACUUGUUGAAAAUUCGGCACCCGAGCCUAAAUCUAAACCUGCAGUCAGAGUUCGGUUGGAAGACAGAUUCAACAGCAUCCAGACAGAGAACCCCAGAUGUCAAGAACCCCAAGAAUCUGGAGUAACCCUUAACAAUUUAGUAACAUUGAUUCGACAGCCCUCGGAACUGAUCGGUGCUCCUCUCUAUCAGCAAGAAAACAAGUGUGCGGCACUAGGGAAAAAUAAGAUAUCCCCUGCCUCUCCUUCCUCACAGUUCCCAUACCCAGUAUUGACUAUGAAUGCAUGUUCUGCUGCUGGAGGUGCCAACCCUUCACAGGCACAGACCUCUAGUGCAUCUUGUGCUAUUUUGGAAGCUGCCAAACAUCAAGACCUUGGGAUAUCCAAGGCAUACUCUUUCUGCUAUCAGGAAAUUGACUCCAUGAAACAGGCAGCAGGGGCUAUGAAUAAAGCUUUGCCUGAAGAAGUUUGGAUUAAAGUUGGAGAGAGCUUGUGCAAGCAAGCGCUAAACAGAAGAAGUUGCAGCAAAAUAAGCCCAUUGGAUCCAGACAUAGAUCGCAAACCUCUCAGUGAAAUUCAGAACACAUGUGAUGGUAGCCAGAGUGCCCAGGGCCCCUGGCAGGCAGCACAGUCCAGUUCAAGCCUGCAGAUGCAAAGUGGUAUUCAGGAUGGAAUGGCUCAGCGAAGAGAAAGGCAUAACCGCAUGGAGAGAGACAGGAGGCGCAGGAUCCGGGUUUGCUGUGACGAGCUGAAUCUUCUGGUUCCAUUCUGUACUGUUGAUACCGAUAAGGCAACAACUUUACAGUGGACAACUGCGUUUCUGAAGUACAUUCAGGAACGGCACGGGGAUUCUCUGAAACAGGAAUUUGAGACUAUGUUCUGUGGUAAAACAGGCAGGAGACUGAAAAUCCCAAGGUCAGACGCAUUUGUAACGUGUCCUGCGCAGGAAAAUACAUAUGGCUAUGAAGACCAAGUAGCCUGACCUCUGACCACCUUGAGUUGUAUGGCUAACAAUGGCCCACGUUGUUUUAUUUUCCCCAUUUACAUGCUGAAUGUGAAUUACAAAAUGUAACUUGUAAAAUAUAUAAAUAGAGCUUUACAGAAAACAAUCUUUAUUCAAAAUGGAAAUGACAGUGAAGUGCUAGCAACAGAAAUCAGUGCUCUGUUAAAGGGGCUUUGGGACCUACAAGAAAAAGUCAUGACAGCUACGUAUUUUUCCCCUUUAGUUAUAAAAAAUAUGUUCUUUUUCUGUUUGUCAUUCUACUUUGGGGCAUUUUGGGGUUUUUAGUUUAUUUGUUUUAUGUAAGAGAUGAGCCAGUAGAGUUAGGUAUAGCUAUAGAACAUUCAUCUGUCCUGUUAUUUUAAUGACUAGAUGCAAACGUACUCUUCAAGUGUAAAAAGAAAUUGAAGUUACUAUAUUAGAAUGCCCAUUAUUUUUCCAUUAAAGAAAUCAGAUUGUUUAAUGGCAUAAAUGCAUGGUUCCUAAACUGUGCUGCUAUAAUGAAGUGUACAUUUGCCAUACACAUUUUAACGUGCUUGGGCCCAAAGAGUAAUACAAUGGUGUUAGCAUUCUUCUGUAGAUACAGUGCUAUUUUUAAUGUCUAUCCCACAGCUGUCCAAGAAGUUCUUGUGUUGUUACUUUAGUCCAAGAGUGGCAUAUUAUAAACAGCAGAUUAUUUAAAAGCACAAGCUAUUUUCAUAUGUAAAGCUAAAUAUGACUCCUUUGCUCAUAGGCUUUAGCAUAUAGGGCAGAAACAGAAUAGUGGGAGCUGAGAAUGGUUUUACUGAUUUUUUAAAAUAGAUGAUAUUAUAGUAGGUUUUAAAGGACAAAAAUGGUCUCCUGAAAGAAAUACUGUUUUAAAUCACGGACAUGGACAAUUUUGCACCAGUUUAUUCCCAAACAA